GACGUGAGGCUCCGCGGUCUUCCCUCCGGUCCGCUCCAGCCCGCCUUCCUCGCGCUGCUGCCGGACAGUGCCACAUCUGAAAUGAAGUUGGCUUGUUUGAUCCAGUUCUGAUCUCAGAAACCUGAUGAAUUCUUCGUUGGGUAUUUCCAGUCCCUUCCAGAACCUGGCCUCCAGAUCGGAGAGCGACAUUGUUCAGAAACUGAAGAAGGAACUCCAGCUGGUACUUGCAGAGCUUAAAGAUCGCGAUAAGGAGCUGAACAACAUGGUGGCUGUGCACCAGAGGCAGUUUUUGGCUUGGGAGGAUGAUCGCCAGAGGAUACUCACACUGGAAGAACGAAGCAGCAGGUUGGAAAAUGAGCUACAUAAGAGAAAUGAAAUGGUAUCCACCCUGACCCAGAGAUUGAAGCUCCUGGGGUCCCUGCAGAACGACUGCAGUUCGACGCUGGAAAACACUCAGCAAAAGCUGCAGGAGUUGUCUCGCAAAGCCUCCGACACGUCUCUGCAAUGUCAGAGCCUCGAGGAGAAAAAUCAAACUUUGGUUGGCUCCGUGAUGGACCUCUCAAACCAAGUGGGUCAGCUUCAAGCCAGGGAACAAGAGCUUCUGACGCUUUUAAGACUCAAGGAUGACGAUAUCCUUGAAGCAACCAAUCAGAUCACUGAGUUUACCAGCAAAUUUAAAAAGUUAGAAAGUGCUUUGUGUGCAUGCAAGACGCAAGAAUGGAGUUUCAAUGAGGAGAAGCAGAAUUUUAAACUCAGGCUGAAGGAAAUGAUGUCAGAAGCAAACAGACUAAAAGGGGAUCUCAGUGAAAAAAUCAAAGAAAACAGUGCCCAGAGGGAAGAAAUUAUACAGCUCAAGCAAGAAAAUGUUUAUUUAAGUAAUGAAUUAAUGCUUACCGCCGAGAGGGAAAGUCGAAAGGUUCAGCUUCUUCUCUCCGCCAAGUCGAAACAGCUUCGGACAGACACAGAGCUGAACAAUUUGAGACAGAUCUACCUGAAACAGCAACAGGAUCUCCAGUUCCUGCAUUUCCACCUGGAAAUUUCCCAACAGAAACGCAGGACAGAAUCUCAGGAUGGGAGCCCAGCGAUGGUUUUGUCGGAUCUCGAGAACAGCGGCGACCAAGAUUCCCUCCGCGACGAAGCCAGCCGGCAAAUCCCCACGCAUUUCGUCCACCUUCCCGGCUGCCCUUUGAAAAAGGCCGGCCACCCUUGCUGGGUCCAAAACGGGCAGCGAGAGAAGCAGACGGAGCACGUACACGAAGGGCCGUUCCGCCAUCCCAGAUGCCUCCAUCGGGAAGAAGGGGCGCUGAGUAGCCCCAGGAGCACCAGGGAGAUGGGAGAUCGCUUGGCCGCACGUCCCGACAAUCCCCGGAUGUCCAGAUCCAGGGAAACGGUUCGGAUGCCGGAGCUGACCUCUUUACCGAGACACAAACACUGGUUUGAAGCCAACUUCUGCGCAGCGACCUCAGGCUGCCUGGCAGCCGGGUCCUUCGACAAAGCCAGCGGGGAUUGCAACGAUGCCCCCGCAGACCCGGGCAGAAUCCCCCCUCGGCAAAGGCCCUGCGUGCCUCCCCAUCCGGGGGACGACCCCUGCGAAUUGAGCUGCUCGGCCUGCAGUGCCGCCCGUAAACUCAGCCUCUACCAUUCCAAGCAGGAGUGGGCUGAGAGGCUCAAGCUGGUGGAGAAAGACGGCGGUGGCUUAUGGGCCGGGGAGUCAUCCCCGAGGCCCCCGGAGGCUCCCGAGUUGCAAAGUGACCUGGAUGGGAGCCGCAACGGUUUUGAUUGGGACGGGCCGUGUUUCACAUCAACUCAAAGGUCAAAGGAGACGAAGCCUCCUGAGAUGCCCGCAGCCUCAGACCACCCUUCAGACCUCCGGGCACCCGCUGAGUGUAACCAGCUUCCCACCCAUCAAGUAAUUCCCCUCCAUCCUCAAUUCCCUCCUGGGCUUGAAGUCACCGACGAGGUGCUAGAAAAAGCUGCCGGAACAGAUGUGAAUAACAUGUAA